AUGUCGCAUAAGCGAUUACCACUCUCUAUGAGGCCUUUUAUUUUCAGAAAUAUUCUACUGCAAGGCGGCAAUGCUGUCGAUGCGGCAAUCGCGGCACUGUUCUGCAUCGGAGUAAUGGACAGCCACUCGGCAGGACUAGGCGGAGGCCAUUUUAUGACCAUCUACAACGCGACUACCCAGCAGUGUACUGUUAUUGAUGCAAGAGAAGUCGCCCCGAAUGCUGCCACAGAGGAGAUGUAUGAGAACCGAUGGAAUGAAAGUCGCGUAGGUUGGCGAGCCGUUGCAGUUCCAGGCGAAUUGCAUGGAUUAUGGACAGAGUUUGAAAAGUUUGGUAGCAGGAAGGUCUCAUGGAGCGAUCUUAUUCAGCCAACGAUAGAACUGCUUGAAGAAGGUUUCCCCACAUCGCAUGCCCUUGCAAUGGCGCUGGAGCGACGGUCGCACACUAUCGUAAAGGAACCAACGAUGAAGGACUUCUUGAAUCCAAAGACGGGAAACGUUUACCGUGCCGGGGAUCAAAUAAGGACCAGGACAUCUCUUUUGCGGACGCUCCGUCACCUCGCAAACUCCUCUGAUCCCAUUCGAGAGUUCUAUCACGGAGAAAUGGCUCGCGAAAUGGCCAGAGAGUUCAAGCAAUACGGUGGAAUUCUCACCGAAGACGACUUCUCUAAAUACCGUUCGAUAGUGGUUCCACACUCAGGAGUCAUCUAUACAACGCUUAGCAACAACCGAAUGAUCUGUGGCCCACCCCCACCAUCUGGCUCAGCUGUGGCGCAAGCCAUUUUGAAUAUCAUGGACGGGUAUAAAAACGAAAUGAAAUCAUCCGAGGACAUAGCUCAGUUCUAUCAUCGCUUCAUUGAGUCUUCGAAAUUCGCGUAUGCGGCUCGAACAUGGCUUGGCGACCCUGCCUUUGUCGACAAUGCGACCGAAAUCGCUCGCAACAUAACCUCAAGAAAGUGGGCUGAAUGGGUGAGGUCU